AUGGAGGUUCGGCGAGGGCCUGGCUCUUGUGGCCCCGAGCCGGGUGCCCACGGAGCCCCGGCCCCGCUGGGCUGUGGGGCGGGGGGGCACCGCGGCUCCCCGGGCAGCGCCCGGCCCUCGGCCCCCUCCAGAGCCCGGCGCCAGCGGCGCUGGCCGGGCCUCAGCGCUGUGCAGGCAGGGGAGGCCAGGGCGGGCCGCAGGCAGCGCCCGGCCAAGGGGCUGAGCCCGCGCCAACCCUUCCCUCCUGGCGCUCUCUCCACCUGGCAGAGGACAGGAGCCGAGCGGCCGAGCACUCGCGGCGGGCCCUGCCGUACCUGCGGAGCCCACAGGAGUCCCUGCGACAGGCGGCCAUCGGGUUCAUUGGUGAGCCACGAGCCCGGGGCCCCUCCCCGCCCCGCCGCAGCGCGGCCCCAGCCCCGGCUGCUGCCCCGGCAGCGGGAUCCGGGCCAGGGGCCGUGGAGCCCCGCCUGCCCCCGGGGCUGCCACCGCCCUCUCGCAGCCGUGCCUUCGGGCGUCGGGAUGCGGCGAGGGCCCGCGCUGAGCCCUGCCGGGGCGAGGAGAGCGUGUGGCCGCAGGGCUGGCAGCGCCGCUGAGAGGGAGCUGUGCCGCUGGGGCCGUGACAGGCUCUGUGUUCCCAGGCAUCGCCGGGCGGCACCUGAGGGGCCAGCAGGAAGAGGUCCAGCUCAUCUGCGAGGCCCUUGAAGACGCGUCCCGUGACAUCAGCCCUGCCGUUUCCAGCCUGGCGCGUCAAACAGCCUACGUCCUGCGGGCCCUGGAGAGAGCUCCGCGCUCCAUCUUCCAGGUGCUGCGAGAUGGACUCCGCAGGGCAUGCAGGACGGCCUCGUCUGUCGGGCCGUGGCUAGCUGCAGUGCUGGAGCUCUGCAGAGACCUUGUCUGGGAGGCUCUGUCUACUGGGGCCACCUGAGCUAGCGGGCAUUUUUCUUUUCUUUAAGAUGGUUCUUUUCUUCUUUUGGUUUUUCCUCUGUAUGUAAAUAUAGAAUGUGUUCUAAUA